UGUUGCAGCUAAAAUACCUUUGAAUCUCUAGGUGGCAGCAUGUCAAUGUAAAUCUAAGAGGACCACUGGUCUAAGCAUAGUAGAAGAAGAGUUAUGUCACGUGACCAGUGUGACAGCGUAGCUCCAUGCGUGCGUGCUGCCUAUGGUGCUGCCAAUGUGUCUGACAACAUCUGAAGUCUGUACAGUGGUGCUAAUAACACAAUGUUCUCGUUUAACGACCUGAUGACAAGUCUGCAGGACUGUGUAACCGAGGAUCGAGCACCUGAAAAUGUCAGCCUAACACUCAGGCUCUUUAUUGAGAAACUGUCUGAUUCCUCCAGGAGUAGUGUAAAAAGAUGUAAGGAACGCUGCUUAGAGGAGGCUUUCCAGCUGCUGAAACAAAUCUCAGAGGCUCAGCUUCAUGUUUUAGAGGAGAACCACCUCCUGCUUCUGGUCAGACUGCUCAUCUCCCUGCAGCUGCAGAUGGUCAGCAUCUCCACAGCCUUCCGUAAAGUGGACCAGAUGUUGCAACAAUUGGCAAAGGUGAACCACCUAUUGGUUUUUAAAGAGACCCAGCACUGCUUGCACUCCAUAGUCCAUACUGAUCAGGUUUUGUCUUUUGAGGAACUGCAGAGAGCCUGUGUGUUCCUGGAAGACAGCACUGUGGGUCGAGAGGUGUGGCGAGAGUCAUUCCUGUCUUUGCUGAAUAAAGUGUCCGAGGUAUUCCAGGUUGUGUUGGAGCAAGAAUCUCUGAGAGAUGGUCCACUGUGUUACAUUGCCGUCAAGGUGUGUUUGCAAAUAUUCCAGCUGUUGUCCAGUGAAGUGGCUCCUGUAGUGUGGGACAGAGAGCAAAGGGGCCAAACUGUGCAGAAGAUCCUGCAGGCUCUGAUGGACAUAAUACUUGGAGAGUGCUGCAACAGAGACACUCGUCUUUUGGCGGGCACUGCAGUGGCCAUGCUGAUCAACACAGCACCAGAGAGCAGAGCAGGAGAAGCUGCUGCCUGGAGUCUGCUGCAGGUCUCUCACUCAGAGCCCUGGCUGCUGACUGUUGGUGCGCUGCAGGUCCAGUGCUGCCCUGCAGGGAGGGACGGAGUGGACCGGCUGGCUGUGAGCAGGGGCCUCCUGACCUGCUGUCGACCUCAUGUCUUGCUCAGUUCACACAUGGAUGCCACAGAAAUGUGUUUACUGCUGAAAGGAUUGUUUCCUCUGGUCUACACUUUAUGUGAGGAGAAGCUGGAUUGUCACUACUUUGCCUUUGAAGCAUUAACACUGUGGCUGAAGAAAGUUAAAGAAUGCCUGGCUGAUAUCUGGAAGAUGACGGGCGUUCGCCUUCUGCAGGACGACAGCAGCCUGCAGCAGCAGCUCAUUCACAUUAUCUGGACCAACUCAGAAUGUCCCGUGGAAGGUGUGUCGGAGUUUGUGCGCAGUGCCUUUAGUUUACUGCUGGAACUCUAUAAGAUGGACUGUGAUCAGUUUCAUGACACAAAGAGGACUCUAUAUUUUACUCUACUUGAGCGAAUAAUCAACUUACCCUGGGAAGCCAAAGCCAAAUAUCAUUAUCUCUGUGCCCUGCUGCCAUAUCUGGGUACUGACAUGGUGCUGGAUAAUUAUGCUGAAAUACACAAUCACCUUCUGAAGAGCUUGUCGACCAAUCACCUGUCACCAUGUGGCUCGGAGCUUUACAAGUGUCUGAUCCAGCAGCAGAAGCGAGAGCUAUGUGACGCCUCACACAAUGAGCUGGAUCUGGCCAAUCAGUGGGCGCGGCGCUGGCGGCCCCUCCUUCAUGAAGCGCUGAUGUCUGAUGUGGCUCUUCUGCAGAACAACAGCUCCACGCAUUUGUUACCCAGCACCUUCCAGGUCUUCCCCUCUGCUGUGGAUCCUCUGCUGGCCUCUCUGGACCCGUUCGCCCCUGGUCACCUCCACGCCUGGGCCUGCAUCGUGAGCUCCUAUCGAGCCACGACUGGAGGCUCUCCCUGGGCUCUGCAGGGUCGAUCCACCCUUCAGACCCUGCAGCUUGCUCUAGGAUCUGCAGAAGACAAAGUCCGUCUCGCUGCUCUCAACCUCCUCUGCUGCAGCCCGAAGACCAAAGACACUCCAACCACAGAGGAGAUGUCAAUAAUGAAGGAGUUUAUUCCUCAGAACCUGAACUGCGAGUCCUCGCCUUUUCGCCAACAUUUUCAGGCCGCAGUGACGAAGUUUUUGGUUCGUAUUAGAGACGGCUGUUUGGCACUUAUCAAGGGACAGAAGAGCAAAAAGAAAGAAGAUGCCACUCACUCAGAGAGGGCACAGGACAUACUGGAGCAGGGAAUAGGGUUUGUUGAAUGGUUGGGAGAACUCCCAUACAGCUACCUGACACCAGGACACAAUUAUCAGAGGAAGAAGACCUCGUUGCUGUUGCUGUCUGCAGUGCUGAAGACCUGCACAGACACCUGGAGCCCUGACAUUAAAAAGGGACAACCUCCAGCAAGUAUGGGAUCUCUCAUUAACCGUGCCAGACAAAGAGGACAGUGGGAUUUCUUCUGCAGGACCAAACAGCUGGUCCUCAUCAGCUGCUUAGAAGAUUCUACAAAUGAGAUUCGGGAGCUCUCAGCAGGGUUAUUGUUGAGGUUUUUCCCACACAGUUUUCCAGAUGAUAUCGCUGCAGUGCUACUCACACGAACCAAACAGCUUCUGUGCAGCCCUCGGGUGCAGGAGGCUCAGAUGGGAGCACUGAUAAUAAAGGUUCUCCUUCAAAAGUCAGAGCAGCCUGAGAACUGCAGGUUGAACAGUAACAUCAGUCUCAGCAGUGGAAGAAAGGCCUCCUGCAUCGUCAUAUCGCUGGUGAAGGAGCUGGAGGAGCACUAUCUCACAGCCAAGGCUGAUAUGAUGCUUGCUGCCAGAAACAAGCCCAUACAUGGUGUUCUCAGUGCCCUCCAGAGGUGUUUGCUUGAGGCACCCAGCAGUGUCAAUGACACACUUGACCACAGUCUAACUGUUGAGCUGCUGGUCCUGCUGGAGAGUCUGUCCCUGCUGCUGCUGGGUCUUCUGUAUGGAGACCGGGAUGCUUGUGCCACUGAAAAGGAUGCCCCACCUUCUUUUUGUGAUAUGGGAAACGCCAUCAGCUCUCUGAUAGCCCAGGAGUCUGGAGGAGGCCAAGGGGAUGGAGAGGAGUGCGUCCUCCUAUCAGAGGAGCACAGUCUCGUUCUCACCUGCUGCUGGGUCUCCCUCAAGGAAAUAGGAAUCUUUUUAGGCUCUCUGGUUGAGAAAAUUCUGACUGAAUCCAAACCCAACAAGUGCCUUCUAACAAAAGACGAUCUGAUAAGAGCAUCUAAAGUGUUUGAGAAUAUUCUUCUCAAAUGUCGUCACUGGGGGGCAGUAGAGGGAUGCUGUGCAGGCUUCACCAAGUUCUGUGCCUCUCUGUUGAGCAGCAACGAUCCAGAGCUCAGGGAUAUCCCGGCCCACAUGCUGAAACAAGGGUUGCAGGUUGUGCAGUCUCCUCGUCCUACCUCAGUGACCCGGCGGGCUGCAGGGUUGCCUAUGCUCAUCCUGUGCGUUUUGUCAACAGAGGAGGCCAGUAAAGCAAGGCCGCUGUUAGCCCACAGUAUGCAAACCUUACUGGAGACAGCCAAAACUCCUCUACCUGAGGACUGGGACCAAACACUGGACCUACCGCAGGUAUGUGCGGUUCACACCCUGCAGGCCCUGGUGCGUGGCUCUGGUCUGGGAGCAGCUGUCCUUCAGUUUGCUCCUGCUGUAGCCAUACUGUCACUCACGCUGCUCAGUUCUCCCUGCUGGGCCAUGAGGAAUGCUGCUCUGCAGCUUUACAGUUCUCUGUGCUCACGAAUGCUCGGCCAGAGGCCCAGCAGUGAAGAUGGUCCAACCCAGCACGCCAUGUCCCCCCGGGCCUUCUUCUUCCACUAUCCUGCGCUCCAGCCCUUCCUCCUGGGUGAGCUGAGAGGGGCAGCACAAGACCUCCAGGGUCCGUCUAAUGAGGCCAAGCUACACCUCCAACCCUCGCUCUUCCCUGUCCUCACUCUGUUAGCCCAACUCCAGCCCGGCGUCCAAGACUCAACAGAAACUUUGUCAGACUUCCUGCCUCCUCUCCUGCAGCUGUCUGCCAGUCCUAUUUACAGUGUGAGAGCGAUGGCCUCCAAGGCUUUGGUUGCCAUGACUCCCCCCUCAGAGUACAUGAACAUCCUCAUCAAACUGACGGCUCAACUGCCCGGUCCACAGGAUCGCUGCUGUCACAACCGGCUCCACGGACAGCUGCUGCAGAUCAAAGCUACUCUGGAGAGAGCUCUCUGCUCCGUCAGUGACCCUUCAAGUGAACUGUGUGAAGUGCUGCGCAGGGUGGAGGCCUCCAUGUGGCUGGUGACUGAAGCUCAGCGCUGCCCCUUAGUGAGAGCGGCUUACCUCGGAGUGGCAGACUCGCUUAGAAGACUCUGCUGUGAGAGCUACCUGUCAAAGCUCAGUGACACACUCCUGCACCACCUCCAAACUCCUCAGCAGCAGCUUCAGGUCGGGCUCUCAUCUUUCCAUCAACAAGCCAUCCACUUUCUAUGCUCAGAUCUAAAGUGGGCAUGUCAAAUCUGGGACAACUUCUCAGCAGCGAGCCCCGAUCUGAGGCUGUCAUUGGCUACGUGGGUGGUGGAUGGGUGGGGUUCAAAGCACGCUGGCUUGACGGAGGUGAUCCAGAGGGUGUUGCAGUCAAACCUGAGGGAGGCGUUGUUGAGCCACAGUGCAGCGUACUGCAGGACCUACAUCGAAGCCCUGGUAGCAGUUAUGGCCAGAGGUGAUUCUACUUUACCCCACCAUCUCCCUCAGUCGGCCCCACUGGAGGAGCCUGUUCUGCCUGAGUGUCUGGAUUUGUUGCUAAGGGACCUGGAGGGCCAGCGAGGGGGGCCCGAGUUUCUGUCCCAGGCCCUGUAUGCUGCAAGUCUCCUGCUUUCCCAGUGUUCACACUCCAGUCUUAAGAUAUCCAUGUGUGAGCGCUGGUGCACUUUCUUGGAAUGCCACCGAUCACCAGACGCCCCUGAAGUGCUGAGGAUGGCGUGUGCUGAAGCUCUGUGUGUGGCUGGAGUUCCUCUAAUGAGCGGCAGCACUCUGCCUGCCAUCAUGAUCAGGUUGAUCAACACAGGCCUUCACCUGCUGCAGGACCAAAACCAGCAGGUGAGGAUGACAGCGGCGUGUUUUACCUCGAUGCUGCACCACGUGAGAGAAGGAAAAAGCCAGAGGAGUGUCUACCUUAUGCAGGUCAACAAGGCUCUGCCGCUCCUACUGGACCUGCUGCUGGAGGAAUGCUGGGAUACUCCCGGCACACUGGAGGUGCUGCUGUGUCACCUGCCUCAGGCUGACCUCAGAUCUGUGCUGAGAGAGGUUUCAGAGACGGGGUCUUCCAGUCUGUACGAGCAGGAUGAGGCCAAUGUGUUUGCAGAGCCCUCUGUAAUGUCGACGCAUGUGCUGCCUUACCUGCUGCACAUGGCUGAGAAAUACUCUGAAUCCUCUGCUGUGGCACAGAGCCUGAGUGCAUGGGCAGCGGAGAACGCCACGCCGGUGCUAGACAGCCUUGCAGUCUGCAAAAACCUCCAGCCAGGUGAUGCUUUAACCCCAGCCUGGCUGGCUCUCCUCAUGGACCCCCGCUUCGAUUGCGCCCUGUGUGGACUGUUCACCAGGGCCGCCUUUCUCCUCCGACUGUUAAAAACAUCUUGUGAUGAUUUGCAACACCUCUGUGACCCUUCAGCUUUGCACAUGAGUUUACAGGAAGUUUGUUGUCUGCUCAGUGUAAACGGUGUCCACCUCCCCUCUGCUGUAGCAGCUGCUGUGGCUGGAGAGCUGCCACUGUGACUUUUUCUGGACACUCAGCGGGCACAUGAUGGAGGAUGAAAUUACCUUUGGAUAUCUCAAGAAUGCUUAUGACAUGUACAGCCUUAGUCUUGAAUGAGUCGUGUAACUGCUGAUGCUGCAGUACGGCAGGCUGACAGGGUUACGCAAGAGCUCAGGGGCCGCUGUACGUGUACCCAUCAUCAUAUUACCUACACAGAAGAGACCCACUGGGCAUUAGGUGCUAUGUUUCCUGUAAGCUCCAGAGGCCUGUUUUUUCUGCAGUGCAUAAAAGUUUAUACAUUUAGAUUUUCUAAAUCAGUUUUUUAGCAUAAAGCUUUUUUAAGCAGCGAUAUAGCUCCAGGUUUGUCUUUAUCACCAUCACUUCAUAGCAAUAUGCUCAUUCAUUCCUAUUCCCAGGACCAAGCUCUGUUGUUCUAAGUUGUUCAGCAGCAGCAGCAGCAGCAGCAGCAGUGCUCAGGCUGAUGCAGUGAUGUAAUGCGAUAGCGUCUGGAGAAAUUGGCUGCUUGGUGCCCAGCGGGGGAAUAUAAUGCAUGUUUUGAUGCUCCAUUAGAGACCUUCUGCCUGGAUAAGUGUCCAUUUUCCAACCACAUGAGGGCUGAAGAUGAUUGACUGGAUCUCAUAGAGGGCUGUCAGCUGCGACACAGCGCACCGCACAAUAGAGCAGUCUUACAUCAUCAGAUAGCCCACUGCUUUUGUUUGACAUGGGUGGCUCUCAGUAUUAGACAAACACUGAAAUGAAACACGUUGUACAUGCUAUAGUUGGCCUGUUAGGCUACUUAUUAAAGAGACAGUUUACCCCAAAAUAAAAAAAGACCUACUUUUUACUCUUACGUCGAGUAGUUUGGCAAGUGUUGGAGAUUUCACAUUAUAUCUGCCACAUUCAUUUUGGGGUGAAAUGUCCCUUUAAAUUUACAUGGAAGCUUUUGUUGUUGUAUCCUCACAUUUUUUAUACAUAGGAUAUGGUAUUGUCAGAAGUGAUUAAAUCUCUACACAAUCAAUAUGCAUCAUCUGAUUGUGAACCAAAGUUAAUUAUUUGCAUCUUUUUUUUUUACAUACUGUACUGUAUAUACAUAAGGCACCUCUAUCUCAUUCCAUUGUGUUUGCAUGAAGCCUUGUGUGCUUAUGGGCAUCUAUAUGUUAUGCAACAGCUAUGACAUCAAGCUUUUAUUAAUGAUUCAUUCGUAAAGCUUAUGCAAUUAAUCCCUGCAUCAAAAUGAUCACCUGGUUGCGUAGAGCUCUAUGAGAUUAUAGCUCCUCAGAGGAAGCUGCAGGUGAUUCGUGUCAUGCUCUUGAAUAACUCUGCAUCAUGUUGUGACGCAAAAUACAAGGUCAUGCUAGAUAAGGAAAAUUGUUUGGAAAAACUGUAA